GACAACAUUUAGCAAAAUGUUAGAUUUCCAUCUAUUGCCACGUUGUGCAUUCUCUGCAUGUACGCAUCCAUUUAACAAAUAUUAAUGGGUUCCAUUUUCUUGCAGCACACAUUUUCCCCCCAAAAUUGCUAUUGUUUCCUUCACAAUUGAAUCAUCAUCAACAGAAAUAUUGAAAAUUUGAUGCUGUAGUUGAGAGCCAACAAUGUCGUCCCAUGGUUAUUCAGGCAGUAGUUACGACAGGUUUGUGGAGCGACGUGAGACCUCUACGCUGCACAAGUUCAAGGAGACAUUCUGGACCACCAAGCAGGCCGUGAUCCAGAAGCUUGGAAAAAAGGAGGACGAGCAUGUCGUAGCCUCAGACUCGGAACUUGAUGCUAAACUAGAGGUGUUCAAGGCGAUACAGAAGUCUUGUAUGGAGCUGCUGAGAUCCAUAGAGAAGUACCAAGACAGGCUUUGUGCCCUGUCCAUGGAGGAGAAUGCAACAGGACGGUUCCUGAAGGCAAACAGCGGGCAGGACAAGACAAGGGCGGGAAAGAUGAUGGCAGCGGUCGGCAAGUCGCAGAGCUUCUCGGCCCAACAGAGACUUGCGCUGAGAGUGCCUCUGGUGCGCCUGUACCAAGAGGUAGAGACGUUCCGGUACCGCGCCAUCUCUGACACUCUUAUGACCAUCAAUCGUAUGGAGGGGGCUCGGACCGAGUAUCGGGGGGCCCUGCUGUGGAUGAAGGACGUUUCGGAGCAGCUUGACCCUGACACGUACAAGCAGCUAGAGAAGUUCAGAAAGGUCCAAGCGCAAGUGAAGAAGACCAAGGCCCGCUUCGACAAGUUGAAGCUUGACGUGAUGCAGAAGAUUGACCUGCUGGCCGCCAGUCGCUGUAACAUGUUCUCACACGUGCUGGCAAACUAUCAAUCCUCCCUGCUCCAUUUCUGGGAGAAGACCUCCCAUACCAUGACCGCCGUGGCUGAAAGCUUUAAGGGCUAUCAGUACUAUGAGUUUAAUAUCAUCAAGGAUCUACAAGAACCUUCCAGUAAGCUGUGUGACAACACAAGGGAACUGGCUGAGAGAGAUAUUGAGGAGGAUUUUGACCCAGAAAAGUUUUUAGAGGAGAGUAAACCUUCAGACCAUACUGGUCAAGUCUGUGAUAAAUGCAAGGACCACCAGGACAGACUUGUCACCCUUGAUGAGGACACAGAGGGGGAAAGGGAGGAGACCAGUCUACAGAAUCUCAUCACAGAAACCCAUGCCAUGAACCAGUCAGGGUUACCCUCAAGAGACCUGAAAACAGCGGAUGACAAGUCGUUAGAAAAUUUCCUGGACUUUGGUCCAGAACCUACAGACCAGGGCCCAGAGGACAUUGACCUCACUGGGAAACUACAGCUUCAGCCUGUACCCAAGAAACAUUCAGCAAACAAAGCUCCAAAGGACCUGCUGUCAGAUGACCUUGAACAAGACGACUCGGAGAAAGAUGACAUGACGAUACUGAACGAGAUCCUGAAUGCCCCAUCUGCUGUGGGGGAGGACGACUUCUCACACGAAUGGCAGGCUGUGUUUGGGCACACCCAGCUGGGGACCGGUGCGAUUCUCACACCUGGGGAACCAGACAAGGGGAACAACUCCUCAGCCAGGUUCAUGCCAUCGGAUUUGCUGGACCUGAAUCUACUUGGAGACAAAAAUAUUAAUGCUAUAGGUUCCAAGUCUAAGCCAGCCCAACUGGGCCCUGCACCUUCAACACAGCAACAAGCCGAUAACCAGCCAAAACAGAUGGGAGCCAGGCCAAAACAGAAGAAGGGUCAGAGGUCGGACAUGUCUGCGUGGUUCAAUCUCUUUGCUGAUCUAGAUCCCCUUGCUGAUCCAGACUCCAUUGGAAAACAGCUGGAUAACAAGCAGGAUGAAUGCAUGGGAUAGUUUCACCUGGGAAACAAUACUUGCAAGGGAUGGUUUCACCUGGGAAACAAUACUUGCAAGGGAUGGUUUCACCUGGGAAACAAUACUUGCUAGGGAAAGUUUCACCUGGGAAACAAUACUUGCAAGGGAUGGUUUCACGUGGGAAACAAUACUUUCAAGGGAUAGUUUCACCUGGGAAACAAUACUUGCUAGGGAUAGUUUCACCUGGGAAACAAUACUUGCAAGGGAUGGUUUCACGUGGGAAACAAUACUUUCAAGGGAUGGUUUCACCUGGGAAACAAUAAUUUCAAGGAUAGUUUCACCUGGAAAACAAUACUUGCAAGGGAUAGUUUCACCUGGGAAACAAUACUUGCAAGGUAUAGUUUCACCUGGGAAACAAUACUUGCAAGGGAUAGUUUCACAUAGGAAAUGCUACUUGCAGGGGAUAGUUUCACCUUGGUUACGCUACCUGCAUGGAAUAGUUUCACCUGGAAAACACUACUUGCAAGAUAUACUUUUACCUAGAACGUUUCUGCAAGAGAUAGUUUUACCUGUUGAAACCUUACUUGCAUGGGAUAGUGUGUAUAAGACAUAAUAUGAAGUUGUUUUUAUGCCCCCGGUAGGGUGGCAUAUAGCAGUUGAACUGUCCGUCAGUCAGUGUGUCUGUCCGUCCGUCAGAAAAAAACUUCAACGUUGGCCAUAACUUUUGCAUUAUUGAAGAUAGAAACUUGAUAUUUGACAUGCAUGUGCAUCUCACGGAGCUGCACAUUUUGAGUGGUGAAAGGUGAAGGUGAAGGUCAUCCUUCAAGGUCAAAUGUCUAAUAUAUGGCGUCUGUCCGUCCAAAAAUUUUAACAUUGGCCAUAGCUUUUUCACUAUUGAAGAUAGCAACUUGAUAUUUGGCAUGCAUACUGUGUAUCUCAUGGAGCUGAACAUUUUGAGUGGUGGAAGUUCAAGGUCAUCCUUCAAGGUCAAGGUCAUCCUUCAAGGUCAAAGGUCAACAAUUUUUUAUUCAUUUUUUUCAAAGCAGCGUUCUCAUGAAGCUGCACAUUGUGAGUGGUGCAAGUUCAAGGUCAUCCUUCAAGGUCAAGGUCAUCCUUCAAGGUCAAAGGUCAACAAUUUUUUUUAAUUUUUUUCAAAGCGGCCUUCUCAUGAAGCUGCACAUUGUGAGUGGUGCAAGUUCAAGGUCAAGGUCAUUCUUCAAGGUCAAGGUCAUCCUUCAAGGUCAAAGGUCAAAAAAAAUAAUUCAAAGCGACGUUCUCAUGAAGCUGCACAUUGUGAGUGGUGGAAGUUCAAGGUCAAGGUCAUCCUUUAAGGUCAAAGGUAAAAUAAAUAAAUCAAAUUGGCGUUCUCAUGAAACUGCACAUUUUGAGUGGUGGAAGUUCAAGGUCAAGGUCAUCCGUCAAGGUCAAAGGUAAAAAAAAAAAUUUAUUUCAAAGCGGCGCAAUAGGGGGCAUUGUGUUUCUGACGAACACAUCUCUUGUUUUUGACAAUUUCGAUUUGGUAACACAAAACCACAUAAAUACGAAAUUUGAAAAUAUUUUUAAAUUAAGAAUGUGUUACAUAAAUAAUUCAUAUUACACAGGGCAAACAUGCUGAAUUUAUGUUAAAUGAAACCUUUGAAGUAAAAAAAAAAUGCAAUAAAAUGUUUUUUCCAGUAUGGGCAAUUAUAUAAUAUUGUUCAAGGUAUGUAAAUAAUGAAUCUCCAAUCAUUUAAGUUUAUCAAAGUAUUUGUUUGAACAGCAGAUAAAUCUAUGUUGUCAUUUUUGCAGAAGACAUUGUGGAAAUUGCUACAACAUUUUAGUAGAAUAGUACAUGUACUGUUACUUAUGUUUUAAGCAUGACUAAUGAAUAUAGUCUGUUAUAAUUUUGUGAUAAAAUGAUUAAAUAGCUUUACUUGCCUAAUUAAUCAAUGUCCAUUUGAGGGUCUGGUAUAAUAAUUAAGCAUAUUUAAUGUUGAGGUGUUAAUUACGAUUAUAAAACUUGUGGUCAAAUGAAAAAUAACGGCAUAGGUGCACAUUGUGUUUUUGAAAUACAUGUCUCUUUCAGAUAGGAGAUUGAUUAGCAGUAAAAGCAUGCUGUAUUAACAAGGUAUACACUAUUUAACCCAUUUUUUAUUUUUAUAAAUAAAUCAUUUUUCAGCUUGCAUGAAAUUACGGCAGAAUUGAUUUCAAUAUAGAUACCAUAGAAGUAGCAACAAAUUGAUAAUUAAUUUCUCUAAGCUUCAUUCCGAUUUUACAUGUAUCUUCACAAUAUAGAUUCAUUCUGAGUGAUUGGAUUUUGAAACUGAUUUGUUGAAAAACAUAUGCAGUGAUUCUGUUCUGUAUACCAGUACAAAUGUUUUUGAAUUCUCUUAAUAUCUAAUGUAUAAUGAAUGCUAUUGUUUAAAGGGUUUGAUGUAUUGCGCUGUGCAAGGCAUCAGAAAUAAAUGCCAAUGUUGACACUCAUGUUAUUUGAUUUCAUGUUUACUCUUUUGUUCUGUAAUUUUGUUUAUAUGUUAUUAUAAUUGUUUUAUAUUUUUUUCUAUUUUCAAGAAGAAAAGAAAUAGUCUGUCCAUAGAUUUAUACAAAUAUUCCGUUCUAAAAUGUGUACAAGAUUUUUGUGAAGCCAUUGUUCUUUAGGCUUGUCUUUAAAAAAUGUCCUGAAAUCUUUAUGACGAGGGAUUGAUUUACUGAUUGAUUGUGUGAUUUUGAUUGUUAUAAUUGGACCUUAAUUUUUCAGUUAAGAAAGUUGUAAAUAUAUCAUAAACUAGCUGAAAAAGAAAUGGUAGAAAAACAUUUAGUUUAAUUUAUACAAUAUUAGGAUAUAAUGAUCUGCAUUUACACAAACAAUGUGUUCUAUUUAUAAUAGUUUUGUUUUUUACAAUGUAAAGUUUACCUCUUACAUGACAUUCCUGUAUUGUGUCGUUCCUUUAAGACUUUUUUAUUUGUUCUAUUGUUGACAGUGUUUAGCUCAACAGUGUUUAUUUACAAUUUAGAAAUCCAAAAAUGUGCAUUCCAAAUUUGUUUAUAUUUACAUGUAACUGACCAAAUUUGAUAUUUGAAGUUUAUUCAUGUUACUGCAUUGUGUUAAUUGAUCUUUUACAUAGAGAAAUGAACACUCAAACAUCAUUUGACAAGGAUAGUAAACAUUUCCAUGAAAAGCUUGGUUUUGUAUGCAUAUAUGAGCUGGUUGUUAAAUUCUGGUGGUAUAAUAUGGUAUGACUAUGUGUGAACAUUAAAUAAUGAAACAUCCUAGAUAUAUAUAUUUUAUUUAUGAACAUUUAUGAAUGAAAUAUUAUAGAAUUAUAUAUGGUAAUCCUUAACAGUAGAGAAUGAAAAAUUCUAUAAAUAUAUAUGGCAUUUGUGAACAUUAGAGAAAUUAACACAUGCAUUUAUAAAUUGGUUAAAAUAGUAAUAAAGUGGUCUCAUGUUCAAUAUAUGGACUGAGUAAUAAUGUUUAAUGUUUUCUGGUAAACAUGUACCCAUUAACUGUAUUGACUUGUAAAAGAUCUGUGAAUAGCUCUACUUUUGCCUGUCAUGUUCAUUUGUUUACGAGUGUUCAUAGGUAUACUAUGUGCAAUAGAGAACUGAAAAGUGUGUGGGAAAUUAAAAUAUUGAUCUGAUGAGUGCAUUUCUUUUUUUUAUUUUACUGCAAUAUACCUGUGUAAUUCCAUGACUUACAAUUUGCUUUUAGUUAAUCCAUUACAUGUUAAUUUAUCUUGACUCAUUUUACUAGAAGAAUUAGGCAAUUUUACGCAUACUAAACAUAUUUUGCCAUUUUCCUUUUAUGUUGAAGUUGCAUAUUAUAUUCUAUAUGAUUCAAACUUUUUUAUCUUUCCACGUGUCUUACAAAAGUAAUGUGCAAUGAAAUGGUUGUAAAUUAUUUUACAAAUAUAUCAAAUAUGUUUAGUUAUACAAUUUGUGAAAGGAAAAUAAAUUUAAUGUGAAAACCAUAGCAGUUUCAAAGAAUUGGUUAUUCAUUCUUAUUAACUUCAGUCUAAUUUUAUCUUUACGUUCAUCUUUUAAUGAUAACAUCCUGUUCAUGUUUACAUAUUGAGGUUGUUAACAAAUCUAGCAAGAUUGAAUGGGUAUUCUUUUUGUGAGGGUUUUAUAUAUUGUCAACAAUACAUAUAGGAAAGUUACAGAUGUGUUGAAAAGUUAGCAAGUAAUAUUAUUAUUGUUUGUGUAUGUUUUAUUUAAAUGUUUUAUGUCAUUGCUGUCAGUUAUUUAAAAUUUAAGUAUCUUACGAAGGGUAUAUUUUUGUUGUUUCUUUUUUUCAUGUUUUGUUUAUGAAAGAAGUUAAUAUCAUCCUUGGUUGUUUCCAUUUUUCCAUUUUUGUUUAUUAAAGUUUAUAUUUUCCUUGGUUGUUUAACGAUUGUGUAGCAGUUUACAUGAUAUUAAACUAUAAGUAAGUUUG